AUGGACACUAGGGGUCUCGUUCCAUUGUUCUUAAUGAUUCUUGUGCAGUUGGUCUAUGCAGGGAUGAAUAUUACCUCAAAGCUUGCAAUGCAAUCUGGCAUGAACCCUCUUAUACUUGUUGCUUACCGCCAAAUCUUUGCAACUGUGUCCAUCUUUCCAUUUGCUUAUUGGCUGGAAUGGAAUACAGUUCCCAGGAUGACAAAGCGUAUAAUGUUCCAGUUAUUAGUAUCUUCCUUAACAGGUGCUACAGGAAACCAGGUUCUGUACUUCUGGGGGCUAAAAUAUUCAACCGCUACAAUUGCAUGCGCACUUAGUAAUUUGCUCCCAGCUUUCACUUUUAUCCUUGCAGUCAUCUUCAGACAAGAGAAUGUGAAAAUCACGAAGAAGGCCAGCGUAGCAAAGGUGUUGGGGACAGUUUUGUGUGUGGGUGGAGCCUUGCUUUUAUCAUUUUACCAUGGAAAAGUCAUUGGUUUAGGCGAAUCGAGUAUUCACUGGGGAUAUGCAGACAAAAUAGAAGGAACAAGCACCUCCGGCAAGUCAAACUCGCUUCUAGGCCCUUUUGUCUUAAUUGCUAGCUCCCUUGUUUGGGCAUUAUGGUUCAUAAUUCAAGCAGACAUAAGCAAGAAGUUUCCAGCUCCUUAUACGAGCACCUUCUACAUGUGUUUCUUGGCAAGUUUUCAGUGUGUGGUGAUUGCCUUGUGCUUUGAACACAGGGCCUCAGAGUGGUCACUCUACAAUGCUAUGAGGCUUACCUCUUCUCUUUAUGCGGGAAUAGUUUGCACUGGGCUAGCGUAUUGCCUCAUAUCGUGGACCAUUGAGAGGAGAGGUCCUCUGUAUGUCUCUGUAUUUACUCCCUUGCAGCUUGUCAUCACCGCUAUUGUAAGCUGGGCUUUGCUUCGGGAGAAAUUAUACGUUGGAACUGCCAUGGGGUCUCUCGUGAUAGUUUUCGGACUCUAUUCUGUUCUGUGGGGAAAGAACAAAGAGGUGAAUAACAAAGAUGCUGCUAUUGAAGUGAAAGUGAUGGAAGCAAUCAAGGAUGAAGAGAAGGAUGCCAAGAAUGAUAUGGAAUUAAAAUCCUAUAUGCCAUCCAAUGGUAACCAUCAUGUUGUUACUUAA